CACCGCGACAGAGUGGGAACGGCACUACCUACAUGAAAGUGCCAUGCAUGUUAAUAUGCCGUGUGUUUGGCGCAUCUGUGAAUACUUUUAUGACCCCCACCCUUUUUCUUGUCAAUGUAAAAGUGGACGUGUUCGAAUUGGUGGCUGGAGCUAUAACUUAGCAUGAGAAACAAUCCAAGUGUAGCCUGCCAGAAGUCCUGAAAUAGCCAGAGGACCAGCAACCUUUGUUCUUGCAUUUUUUCCUUUCCGUCUUUUCCUCGUAGUGAAGUAACAUAAGGCAUUGUUUCAUGAGCUAAACAAGGCGAAAGGCAGCCAGAACAGGGGGUGACAGCCCGGAAUACCACAGAUCUCGUCGCCGGCUUCCGGGGAUUCGGGACGGCAUCAGACAACUGCAGACGUCGCUCUUGGGAAGGGCGAGCAUCAACACUGAGGAAUAAUCUGGAUAGUCACGGAUAAAGUACACUUGGGGAAAUGUCUAGGAAAGUCCAAAGAAGCGAAGUAUGUGCGGACUGCAGUGCACCAGACCCGGGGUGGACCAGCAUUAACAGGGGGGUGCUGAUCUGUGAUGAGUGCUGCUCGGUCCACCGCAGCCUGGGGCGACACAUAUCCAUCGUCAAGCACCUGCGGCACAGUGGCUGGCCCCCUGCGCUGCUGCAGAUGGUGCAGACCCUGGCCAGUAACGGUGCAAACUCUAUCUGGGAGCACUCCCUGCUGGACCCUGCACAGGUGCAGAGUGGACGCAGGAAACCCAACCCACAAGACAAAGUCCAUCCCACAAAGUCCGAGUUCAUCCGCGCCAAGUACCAGAUGCUGGCGUUCGUCCACAAGCUGCCCUGUCGUGACGAUGACGGAGUCACCACCAAGGACCUGAGCAAGCAACUGCACUCCAGUGUGAGGACGGGCAGCUUGGAGACGUGUCUGCGGCUGCUGUCUCUGGGGGCGCAGGCCAACUUCUUCCACCCGGAGAAGGGCACCACCCCUCUGCACGUCGCUGCCAAGGCAGGCCAGGUGUUGCAAGCGGAGCUGCUGGUGGUCUAUGGAGCGGACCCUGGAGCCCCAGACAUCAACGGUCGCACGCCUAUAGACUACGCCAGGCAAGCAGGCCAGGUGGAGCUGGCCGAGCGACUGGUGGAGUGUCAGUACGAGCUCACCGACAGACUGGCCUUCUACCUGUGUGGACGGCGCCCAGAUCACAAGAACGGGCAUUACAUCAUCCCACAGAUGGCUGACAGCUUGGACCUCUCUGAGCUGGCCAAGGCGGCCAAGAAGAAGCUUCAAGCGCUGAGUAACCGACUGUUUGAGGAGCUGGCCAUGGAUGUGUAUGAUGAGGUGGACCGACGGGAGAAUGACGCUGUGUGGCUCACCACUCAGAACCACAGCACCCUGGUGACGGAGCGCAGCGCCGUCCCCUUCCUGCCCGUCAACCCCGAGUACUCAGCCACGCGCAACCAGGGCCGUCAGAAGUUGGCGCGCUUCAACGCCCGUGAGUUUGCCACCCUCAUCAUCGACAUCCUGAGCGACGCCAAGAGGCGGCAGCAGGGCAAAGGCCUGAGCAGUCCCACCGAGGCGCUGGAGCUGGGCCAGGCGGACGACGACCAGCAUGACUACGACAGCGUAGCCUCGGACGAGGACACGGACAGCGAGCUGGCCACGCAGAACAACAGCAACACGCAGCGCAACAACCGGGCCAAGAGUAUGGACUCCUCAGAUCUGUCGGACGGGCCCAUCACCCUGCAGGAGUAUCUGGAGGUGAAGAAGGCCCUGGCGUCCUCUGAAGCCAAAGUCCAGCAGCUCAUGAAGGUCAACAACAACCUGAGCGAGGAGCUGCGCCGACUCCAGAAGGAGGUGCGGAAGGGCCCCAGUCCCUACGGAGGUCAGCAUCUCUCGGCCUCCACGGAGGUGGGCAGGUACAUGGUCCCCAAAGCAGAGAAGCAUGGUAGCGGCACGGACAGUGACUAUGACAACACCCACACAUACGACGUCUCAUUAGGGGCGGGCCGCAGUAGUGAAGAGGAGAGCCGCACCGAGCUGGACGAGGAGGGGGGCGAGCCGGACCCCACGCUGCCCUGCACGGAGGACGUCAUCCUGAAGACGGAGCAGGUGACCAAGAACAUCCAGGAGCUGCUGCGAGCCGCCCAGGAGUUCAAACACGACAGCUUUGUCCCGUGUUCUGAGAAGAUACACACGGCGGUCACAGAAAUGGCCUCUCUUUUCCCUAAGCGGCCGGCGCUGGAUGCGGUGCGUGGCUCGCUGCGCCUCCUGCUGGCCAGUGCGUCGCGGUUGCAGGUGGAGUGCCGCAAGGCCGCGCCCUCCGACCCCUCGGCCGUCACCGUGGACUACCAGCUCCUCACGCAGCAGGUCAUUCAGUGUGCCUACGACAUCGCCAAGGCCGCCAAGCAGCUGGUCACCAUCACCACCCGCGAGAAGAAGCAGUGAGGCGGACCUCCGCCAGCAGGGGGCAGCCAAGGGUUUUGGGGAAUGGGGAAUGGGGAAGGGGAGGGGUGAGGGGAGAGAUGGAGAGAAGAGGAAACACUAGUGACUGACUGACUGACAGAGAGAGAACUACUGGGAAGAGAGAAAAUGGAGAUGGAAAGAACCGGAGCUGUGUGAGGAACUGGGAACUGGGAAUGGGAGAGAGAUGGAAAGAGUGUCCUGCAUAGAGAGAGAGAGAGAAAGAGAGAGAGAGAAGACUGAUGCGAGGAGCGGGGGAAAAAAAGGAGAAAAAAAAGAAAACCAUAAUCAUGACGCUAAAUGCAGCUAUCACUACAGAGGGGGUGGGGAGGGAGAGGCCGAGGACUGAGCGCGCAGGCACUCGAGGAUGCGGAGACGGCACGGCACACAAGAGGCAGGAACCCCCCCAAACGGGUCGGCUCUUAAUCAUCUCACUGAAUCUCACUCGACCACUCGGUCCCGAUCCGUUCUGUAGGUGGGAUCCGUUCCACCGCGCCCCAAAAAAAACACUUACAAGACUCUCUCUUUCCAACACACGCACACACACACACACACACACGCACGCACACACACACACAAGCACGCUGGCUCGCUCACAGCCCGACUGUGGGGGCCAGGGCACAGAGACUGCAUCUCUUUGGGGCCACAGACAGACAAGCACUCCCAGUCACACUAAAGAGAAGCGCAGUUACGGGCCCCCACUGGUGCAGAGUGUGUGCAUCUGGGCGUGUGUGUGAGAGUGAGUGGUGUGUGUCUGUGUGUGUGUGUGUGUGUGUGUGUGUGUGUGUGUGUUUCCUGGCAUUGUUGAGGGUGGGAGGUUUAUCACCAUUUUAUUUUGUCUUUUUGUUUCUUUCUUUUUAAUGAUGCCGUUCCGUUGGCCUGUACCUCUUGGGACAAAAUGUACUGACUUUGAGAAAAAGCAGACCCUUACACUGGAAUUGUUAUUGUAUUAUUAUUGUUAUUAUUACUAUAGUUUUGUAUUAAUGUUACUGUUUAUCAAUGCUAUUGUUUCUUUUGUUUGUUUUUGACUGACUGUAUCACUGAGGAUAUGUUUGUUUGUAUUUUGUUUUCUCUUCGAUCUUCAUUUGGGUUUCAUAGUCAAGAGUUGGACGGGGAGGUGGUAGCAGAGGCUCAAGGUGGGGACAUUUCCCAGUCGGCCCCUGCUUCCUUAAGUCCUGUAUCUCGGCCACACUAACCUGCGAGAGGACACUCAAAGCUCAGUGGAACACUCCCAUUCCUGCAGAGAGACAUUGUGGUGGAGUUUCUGCUGAUUAUUAUUAUUUUAUUGUUUGUUUGGUUUUUUUGUUUGUUUGUUCUGUUGGUUCGUUUUAGUUUCAUUCUUUAUGCAUUCAGUAUGUGUUUGUUAUUUGACAUGCGGUUGAACAAUAGCCAAAGGAGAAAGGGGAAUGGGUCGGGUAUUUCUCAUGCCACCGUCUCCCCCUUUUUGAGCACAAGGACAAUGGUUUCUGUAUGGUCUUAGGAGGAAAAGAAAAAAACACUAGCAAUUGAUGUCAGAAGCAUUAUGUUCCACUCAGAAGAGACCACAGCACUAGCUACACUGAUAGGACGCUCAUCUCAAAACUCAUAACAUAACGGGGAUCAUUUUAAACCGGUAGAUUUACUUGUGCAGUAGUAUGUCGGGCAGUCUUAUCUGCCUUGUAGUGCAAGCAAGAUUGGGAGCAGUGAACAUUUCAACAAGUGUUGUUUUGAAUUGUA